AUGGCUGCAGGAGUGGCAGCAUGGCUGCCUUUUGCUCGGGCGGCAGCUGUGGGCUGGCUCCCACUGGCCAAGAAGCCUAUGCCCAAACCUCCCCCUGACAAGAAACGCCGCAGUGAUGAGAUCUUGGUGGUCAAUGUCAGUGGGAAACGCUUCCAGACUUGGAAGAAUACCCUGGAUCGUUACCCAGAUACCCUGUUAGGCAGCUCAGAGAAAGAAUUCUUCUAUGAUGAAGACAGCAAGGAGUACUUCUUUGACCGUGACCCAGAGAUGUUCCGUCAUGUCCUCAACUUCUACCGCACGGGUAGACUCCAUUACCCACGCCAAGAGUGUAUACAGGCCUUUGAUGAAGAGUUGUCAUUUUAUGGCAUCAUUCCUGAGCUGAUUGGUGACUGCUGCUUGGAGGAAUACCGUGACCGCAAGAAGGAGAAUGCUGAGCGCCUUGCUGAGGAUGAAGAAGCUGAGAUAGCCACUGACACCACCUUGCCUCCAGACAGCACAUUCCGUCAGCGGCUCUGGCGAGCAUUUGAGAACCCCCACACCAGCACCAUGGCUUUGGUUUUCUACUAUGUGACUGGGUUCUUCAUCGCUGUGUCUGUCAUUGCCAAUGUGGUGGAGACAAUCCCAUGCCAGGCCCCUCCAGGCAGGAAGAGAAACCAGCCUUGUGGAGAACGUUUCCCCAAUGCUUUCUUCUGCAUGGACACUGCCUGCGUCCUCAUCUUCACCUUUGAGUAUCUUAUGCGGCUCUUUGCUGCCCCAAGUCGAUUCAAGUUCAUGAAGAGUGUCAUGAGCAUCAUUGAUGUGGUAGCCAUCAUGCCCUAUUACAUCGGGCUGGUGAUGCCUGAAAAUGAAAAUGUUAGUGGGGCUUUUGUGACACUGAGGGUCUUCCGGGUCUUCCGCAUCUUCAAGUUCUCACGUCACUCACAGGGGCUGAGGAUCCUGGGCUAUACCCUCAAAAGCUGUGCCUCAGAACUGGGCUUCCUCCUCUUCUCGCUCACCAUGGCCAUCAUCAUUUUUGCCACUGUCAUGUUCUAUGCUGAGAAGGGCACUGCAAAGACCAACUUCACCAGCAUCCCUGCUGCCUUCUGGUACACAAUUGUCACCAUGACCACACUUGGCUACGGUGACAUGGUCCCAAGCACCAUUGCAGGGAAGAUCUUUGGCUCCAUCUGUUCUCUAAGUGGGGUGCUGGUCAUCGCUCUCCCUGUGCCCGUCAUCGUUUCCAACUUCAGCCGUAUCUACCACCAGAACCAGCGGGCGGAUAAGCGGCGAGCUCAGCAGAAAGUUCGCCUGGCCCGGAUCCGCCUGGCCAAGAGUGGCACUACCAACGCCUUUCUUCGGUACAAGCAGAACGGUGGCCUUGAGGACAGAGAUCCUGAUGCACACAUUUUGGCUGUGCGGAACCGAUCAGCCUUUGAACAGCAACACCAUCACCUGUUGCACUGCCUGGAGAAAACAACUAACCAUGAGUUUACUGAUGAACACUCCUACAGCGAGUUCUGCCUCACCGAGCCCCUGGGCUACCGCACCAGCCGCAGCACCUCCCUCUCCUCUCAACAAGGAAGCAAGGGGGGGCUCAGCACCUCAUGCUGCCCCCGCCGCACGAAGCGCCGCACCACCCGCCUAACCAACUCCACAAUGUCCAUGAGCCGUGCCAGUGCUCAGGAGCUGGAUACACUACACAGUCAGAAAAGUGCUGCACCCCAAAGCCGCUCCAACCUGAAUGCCAAGACUCACGACAACUUGAAGCUGAACUGUGACACCACAGACUUUACGGCGGCCAUCAUCUGCAUCCCCACCCCUCCUGCCAACACACCGGAUGAGAGCCAGCCCCCCUCGCCUGGAGGCCCUGGUGGACCCCUACGCAAUUCCAGCCUCUCCACUCCAUACGUACUCCACGAGACUGUCAAGAUCUCCUCCUUGUAA